GGGCUGGCUGGCCACGGGCGGGCGGGACAAGAUGGUGAAGGUGUGGGACAUGAACACCACGCGGGCCAAGGAGAUCUACUGCGUGCAGACCAUCGCCUCGGUGGCGCGGGUGAAGUGGCGCCCGGAGUGCAAGCACCACCUGGCCACCUGCUCCAUGAUGGUGGACCACAACAUCUACGUCUGGGACGUGCGACGACCCUUCAUCCCCUCUGCCAUGUUCGAGGAGCACAAGGACGUCACCACGGGCAUCGUUUGGCGCCACCUCCACGACCCUUAUUUCCUCCUGUCGGGCUCUAAGGACAGCACCCUUUACCAGCACAUCUUCAAGGACGCCAGCCAGCCCAUCGACAGGGCCAACCCCGAGGGGUUGUGCUACAGCCUCUACGGAGACCUGGCCUUUGCUGCCAAGGAGAGCCUGGUCUCCUCCGACUCCAACCGCAAGCCCUACGUGGGCGACCGGCGCCACCCCAUCUUCUUCAAGCGCAAGCUGGACCCCACGGAGCAGUUUGAGUUCAUCUCCUCCUCCAGCGCCCUCAGCGUCUUCGAGACCGACGUGGAGGGCGGGGGCAUGGACUGGUUCGUGCACACUGCCAAGCAGUACGCCCUGGCUGGCAGGCCCCUGCCCGACCUCUGCGACCACAACGCCAAGGUGGCCAAGGGCUUGGACCGCAACCAGGUGGCUCAAACGUGGACCAUGCUCCGAAUUAUCUACUCCAGCCUCGGCACCGUCUCCUCCACCAACCUCAACCACAGCAUGGGGAAAGGCAGCACCACCCUCCCGCUCAUGAACAGCUUUAACCUGAAGGACAUCCCCUCUGGGCUGGGCAGCGAGUCGAGGCUGGACCGCAGCAAAGGAGAGAGCCGCACGGAGAACAUCCUCAUGGACUCCUCCUCCACCCUCAUCAACAACGAGGACAACGAGGAGACAGAGGGCAGCGACGUCCCUGCAGACUACCUGCUGGGGGACGUGGAGGCAGAUGAGGAUGACCUGUACAUGAUGGACCACGAGAACCCCCACGCUGAAGAGCAGGAGUACAGCCUCCCUCAGGAAGCCUUCCCCCUGCGCCACGAAAUCGUGGACAACCCCUCGGCCUUGGACCACCUGCAAGACAAAGCCGACUCCCCUCACGUCAGCGGCAACGAGGCCGAGACGGUGUCGCUGACCCCCGUGGAGUCCUUCUCCCUCAUCUCCAUCUCCCACUCGCUCUACGAGAACCGCCUCCCCUCCGACUUCUUCAACCCCAUCGUGAGGGACACGCUGCUCUUCUACGCCGAGCAGGGGGACGUGCAGACAGCUGUCUCUGUCCUCAUCGUCCUGGGAGAUCGCAUCCGCAAGGAGAUCGACGAGCAGACCCAGGAGCACUGGUACACGUCCUACAUCGACCUGCUGCAGCGCUUCCAGCUCUGGAACAUCUCCAACGAGGUGAUCAAGCUGAGCCCCGGCCGUGCCAUCAACUGCCUCAACCAGGCCUCCACCACGCUGCACGUCAACUGCAGCAACUGCAAGAGACCCAUGAGCAACAGGGGCUGGAUCUGCGACAG